CCAGGGUCCCAGCCCCUUCCCCAGGCUGAUCCUGCGGGCUGGGACCUCCCAGCCGGAAAACACUGCCCUUUCCUGUCGCCUACUCCUUCCACAGGCCGAUGACUCUCAGAGGAGGAGGAGACGGAGACCGAUUAAGAAAAUUAGCAUUCAUUAACCCGGUUCGAGCUCAGGCCCCCGCGGAGGGGAGGGGCGCGCCAGGCGGCGGCGUCAGGGUGACCGGCGGGCGCAGGUGCCGCCCCGGGCGGAAUUUUACGCUCCCGGGCCGGCAGCUGCACCACUUGCGCCUCGUCGCGAGUCUGGGGCAGCCGCCAACAGCUUGCCCCUACUUUAGGCAAAUCCCUUUAAAAGACCCCGAGGGAGAAGACACGCCUCCCCCUGGACUGGAGAACCUGUAGCGUCUGCAGUUCGUCGCGUGUCCGGCUGCUUAGCUGGUAGCCCAGGCAUCUCCAGGGCGCUAAGUCCACUCUCCGGGUUUUGGCUGCAGCUCCGAGGGGAGCGAGCUGGAAACUGACAGAACGCGACCCUCCCCCUCCGCGCUCACCCGAGCCCGGGCUGCGAGGGACCUGGGGAGCUGCGGCCGGGCCGGGGCGGCGCGCUCAGGUGGCUUCGCUUCCCUGCGGGUCACCGCCCCCCACGCCGGAACCUCGCACAGCUAGGUCUGCCUGUUGGGAUCAGGAGAGGUGGGCGCACGAGGUUUACUGCGGGAGUCCGGGGUGCGGGCGGAGUCCUAUUGUCCCCGUGCACCCGGGCGGCAGCACCUCGGGGUCCCUCUUUAAACCGAGCGUGUGGCGACCUUUCUUUGUGCUAAGGGAGCCGAACGCGGGUUCUUCUCUGAGGGAAGUCGCCUACUUGGAGAUGGCGCUGGGGAGGUAACAAUGGGCGCCCAUUGUCCUCCGAGGGUCCGCCGUUGACCCCCCUGCGCGCGCCCGACCGCCUGUUGGCCCCGGGCCAGGGCACAGGUACCGCGUCCGGGAGGGUCGGCCCCGCCGCCCGCGCCCUCCGCCCCGCCCCGCCCCGCCCCUGUCCGGCCCCGCGCCGCCGGCCCCGCCCCGCGCCGCCCCGCCCUCCGCAGGUUCAGUCCUCGCGUCCGGCCGCCUAGCGCUCAGUCGCGCGCACCUUCUCUCGCGGCCCGGGGGCUGCGGCGCGGGGCCAGCCCGAAGACCGGGCCGCGGGCCUGGGGAGCCUUCACGCCGUCUCGGAGCGGAGAAUGCGGUGAGCAGGCGCCGCGCCGGCAGACCUAGCUGGUUCUGCACGCACCGGCAGGCUGGUUCUGCGUGUGCCCGCGGGGGGCUCGGGGCAGCGGUUGAGAUCCUCGGCAGCGGCCGGUUUUUCCUGGUGGUGGUGAAGACUGGAUGAUGUAACUGGCUCUCUAGGAAGUCUCACUUGGCCGUAGCCUCUGGAAGGUUCUCUUUGACCCCAUCUCAAUUCAUAGUGACUUCUGAAGCCACUUGAGAAAAAUGAUGUGACAGUUCCUAUCAAAAAGGAUAUUUCAGAAAUAUAUACCAUCUGAGAAGAAAGUGGCCCUUUUUCCCUGCUUGCAAAAUAGACAUCCUCAAAUUCCAAAAUGCCAGCCAAGACCCCAAUUUACCUGAAAGCAGCCAAUAACAAGAAAGGAAAGAAAUUUAAACUGAGGGACAUUCUGUCUCCUGAUAUGAUCAGUCCACCGCUUGGAGACUUUCGCCACACCAUCCACAUCGGCAAAGAGGGCCAGCACGACGUCUUUGGAGAUAUUUCCUUUCUUCAAGGGAACUAUGAGCUUUUACCUGGAAACCAGGAGAAAGCACACCUGGGACAGUUCCCUGGGCAUAACGAGUUCUUCCGGGCCAAUAGCACCUCAGACUCUGUGUUCACAGAAACACCCUCCCCAGUGCUCAAAAAUGCCAUCUCCCUCCCAACAAUUGGAGGGUCCCAAGCUCUCAUGUUGCCCUUGUUGUCACCAGUGACAUUUAAUUCCAAACAGGAGUCCUUUGGGCCAGCAAAGCUGCCCAGGCUUAGCUGUGAGCCCGUCAUGGAGGAAAAAGCUCAGGAGAAAAGCAGCCUGUUGGAGAACGGGACAGUCCACCAGGGAGACACCUCAUGGGGCUCCAGCGGUUCUGCCUCUCAGUCCAGCCAGGGCAGGGACAGCCACUCCUCGAGCCUGUCCGAACAGUACCCCGACUGGCCGGCCGAGGACAUGUUUGACCAUCCUGCCCCCUGUGAGCUCAUCAAGGGAAAGACUAAGUCAGAAGAGUCCCUCUCUGACCUUACAGGUUCCCUCCUCUCCCUGCAGCUUGAUCUUGGGCCCUCACUUUUGGAUGAGGUGCUGAAUGUCAUGGAUAAAAAUAAGUAAUAGGAUGCCAACUUUUUUCCUCUGGGGUAAAAGGUACAAAAAAUAAACCGCAGUUGAAGAGAAGGGCUUCCGGAGCUGUAUCUGCAGUUUUGUGAUGGGUUUUCUAAAAUAAUAUUCUUACAAAGUAUUUUUCUACCUGUUAUGCUCUGUUUGCAAAAACAAUUUAGGAAAAAAAUAACAAAGCAAAACCUGUGUUGGCAAAUCAGAGCCCACUUUCAGCAGGCAUUGGUGAUAUUCGGCUCAUGUAUUGUUUGCAGACACACAAGAAAUCUGGCUUGGCCAGGAUUGGCACUAGCUAUGAAGGGCUGGGCGAGUCACAUUAAGGAACUUUACAGCACUCCUACAUCUUCUGAGCAAAAAGGAAGUCAAAAUUUAUUUAACACCUAAGCCUUUUUUCUAGACUCUUUUCUAUAUAUUGCUUGGGCUCACCAUAGCGAAUUCUCCAGUGUUAAAAACUUUUCUGUUUUCACAUUUGAACUUUAUGGGUUUUGGGGAUUUUCUUGUAGUUCUUAUAUAUCCCUAUAUAUUAUAUCUAUAUUGCAAAUUUUGACUGUCAGCUACUUGUUGGUAAGACACAGGCGAAGUAUUACUGUAACUAAGUUAUUUUUAAAGUUAAAAUAUAUUUUUACGUGCCUUUGGCUUUUUAUUGCAGAGUCUACAUUUUAUAGAUCCCACAUCAGAUGUUGUCACUUGACUUGUUUCCAUUGGGAUUCCAUUGUAAGCUGUGUAUGUGUGUGUUUGGAAAAGUGUAUUCAUACUUAGUUUUUUCUUUAUGUUAUCAUACUUUUAACAGCAACCAAUAAUGGAUUGUAAAGUAUAAAGGCACAGGUUAUUCAUGAUGCUUCUGCAGAGACUGUGGGCUACACCACAUAAUGUUAUUUGGAAAUAUAGGUAUAUUAGUACAGUACAUACUUGCAUUACAUAGGUACUUCAAGCAACACAAUAAAGAGUAAAUGAUAAAGUGAACUUGCUUGUUUACAGUAAUAAACAAGACCAUAAGAGUCUAAGUCUAGCUAGAGAAAUUGCUUCUCUGAAAUGUACAUGAGCCUUUCAAAUAAGAAAUGAUUUCCCUCUAUUCUAAUUUUGAUUACUUCCUUAUGGCUUGAGAGGCUAGAAACUGGGCCUCUCUACUUUAGGAUAAAUGAACAUAUCAGAUUUUUUUCUUUUUAAUGUCAAUACUGAUCCACCCUCUCAGUGCUCAUUUCUGAGUAUCUUCCGAACUUGAACACCUACAGCAAACUCUUGCAAGUCCAGUUUCAUCCCUGUAAGACAAACGUCUGUUCAUGCAGCAAAUGCCAUGUAGACAAGAUUAAGGCAGCUAAAGCAGGGGCAGUAGAGAGCAGUUACCCCACCCCAAGGUGCCAGAGUUGCCCUGAGGAUGUUGGUUAAGGAAACAGGAGCAGAAAAUGUACACACAGAUUCCUGUUCCUUUGCCAACCACUCCUUCCCCCUCGAAGAAAAACACUUGCACCCAAUAACUGCCAGCAACUUCUCUUAAACGUAUAUUUCUCCUUGAAAUGUAUCUUAGAAAUGACCUCCUCCCAACCACUUCAACAAUUCUUUCUUUGGGUUUGGGGUUCUAGCAAUUCUAUCGUCUAAAAUAACCUUUGGACUGCAGGUGAAAUGCAAUUAGGAUUACUAACCCGGUAGACAGAACGAGUUCCCCUAGGCAGGGGUGUCCAGUAUUUUGGGUUCCCUGGGCCACAGUGGAAGAAUUUUCUUGGGCCACAUGUAAAAUACGCUAACACUAACCAUAGUUGAUGACCUUAAAAAAAUAAAACUGCAAAAAAAAACAAUGUUUUAAGAAAGCUUAAAAAUUUGUGUUAGGCUUCCUAUGGGCCACAGGUUGGGCAUAGCGUGCCUUCCUUAACUUCCCAGUUGUAUUUCAUUAUCCAUGACUCUGCAGUGUUUUUUCUGUUGGACCACACCCAUCACAGUUCACAGUUCCAAAUAGAAACUUCCCAGUCUAUUCUAAAUCUUGUUAAUGAGGAAGAAUCCAAUGUAUCUCAUUAUUUGUAGCCAAUUUUAGACUUUUUCAGUAUCUCCCCCCAUUUUAAUUAGUAUUGACCAUAUUCAGUCUUUCAUUUUGCUCUUCAUCUGUAGCAUGACCUCAAGGUAAAUGUUAUUUCGUGAGAGGAGGAAGAGCGUGGCUGUGCAUUAGCUCUUCUCCCUCUCUGGUAAGUACUGGGGAGAGAACAGCCCUGCCAGUACUGGGUUUGUUUGAUGGAGUCUAAGUAAUUGAACAUCCUACUUACAGUUAGCCAUUUUAGUUUCUGGAAGUCCUUUCAUAUAUUUUUUUCUAUUAAUUGAAUUAGGUGUAACUGAGAUGGCAAUAAAUAUGCCCCAUUAGAAAGAGGAAACAAAGCUACAUCCGGCCUACAAAUGAUUUUGUUGAGUCACUUCUCCCAAGGCAGCCUUUCCAGUGCCUGGUCCCUUCCCCAGAGAGCAAAUGGACAGCUGGUGGUGCCUUUCUUUCCUGCAAAGAGGCACUUUAGACUCACACCUGCUGUGAGCUGAAUUGAUGUUCUCAUCCUGUGAACCUUCUCCCACUUUAACGUAAUUUAUAUUUACUUGUUUAAAGAAAAGGAAACCCAAGAUGUACUUGAUUUGCAAACUGAAAGCAAAUGGCAAGCCACCUGUGACCCAAUAACCGGAAAAGAAACCAUGCCAUUUGUAUAAACAGAGACCCUUCUUGUUGGGGAAGUCAAGGCUCUUGUGGUUGAUUUUCUUUUCCCCUUAGUGAGACCUAACAAAGGACAAGCUGUAUUAUUUCUACCUGAAAUUAUCUGCUUAAAAAGAUUAAUAUAUCAGGAUACUUAGCUCUUCACAAACAUGAAGUCAUUCAUACAUUUCAGUGAGUCAGAAAUCAUUGUUAACAGCACACACAAAAGACUACACUGGUUGAACAGCAAAGAGAACCCGGGUCUCCAGAACCACAGUUUAGUCCUUCUGUAUUACUGCAAGUGACCUGUUUUUUCUAAAGGUUCUCUGCAAAUGAAGUCCUGGAAUGGAAAAAAUCCCUAAGUCCAUGAAUUGAUAAAUAUUUUAGAAUAGACAAAAGAAAAUACUGAAUGAUACAGCUCUAAUCCUCCUCUUAAUAUGAAACCUGGUGAGACAAUCAUUUUACCAUGAAAUGUAUAAACACAAUAGGAUGAGCUAACGUGGUUUUCACUCCAGUAAGAGUUUUGCUUUUGGAAAUUAGGUUAACAACCUAGCCCCAAAUCUAGCAAUUCUCAUAAACAAAAUCCGAUUUUAGAAUUAGCCUCCCAGAUUAAUUUGAAUGAUUGACCUAUUUUUUCUUAGACAAGUCAAUACAUCAUAGAAUCAGGGUUAUUGGGUGCUGCCCUGUGUCCCCACCCACUACAGAGCCCUAUCUAGAAAAAUUAGGGAAGCUUCCAGAUGCCAAAUGGAAGCUUCAACACUAUCAACCCGGAGGGGAAACCUUCUGGUUGAUUUGGCUGUAUGAGAUUCAAGAAGUCCAGAAUACCCCAAAUUAUUCACACACGUUAACUUACUGGUACUGGCUAAGCAAUACAUGUAUUUCCUAAAAAAGAGAUGAUCUUUCUGGUAGAUUUAUGGACACGCUUGUUUCAUCUGACUGUAAAUAUAUUGCAUGCUUUAUUCUGAUGGUGCACUAUUUCAUCCAGCAAGCUUUUCAUCUGAGAAUGUUUAACGUUGACCUUAUUCUUAGAGCAAGUAGAUCUAAAUAUUUUUCAGCUGAGUUGUUAGGGAGUCAUUAUUCUGUGGUAAAAUGCUGCAAAAAAUGUGGAAGAAUGGAAACUAUGCUUACUUUAUGAAGUGAUGUAUAACACAAUGAAAUCUGUUUUACAACUA